AUGGCUGCUGUUUCUGAGAGCCCCGUCUACCGGGCCACCACUACUGCCCCUGUUAACAUCGCCGUUAUAAAGUACUGGGGAAAACGCGAUGCCACUUUGAACUUGCCUACGAACUCAUCGCUUUCUGUCACCUUGUCUCAGCGCUCUCUCCGUACCUUAACCACUGCCUCGUGCUCUGCCAGCUACCCCGCCGCCGAUGAGCUGACGCUCAAUGGCAAGCCGCAGGACAUCCAGUCGUCCAAGCGUACCCUGGCUUGUCUCGCCAGCUUACGGGCUCACCGACAAGAGCUCGAGAGUGCAGACCCGUCUCUGCCUAAGCUCUCUACCCUCCCCCUAAGGAUCGUUUCCGAGAACAACUUCCCCACCGCCGCUGGCCUCGCCUCCUCGGCUGCUGGUUUCGCAGCUUUGGUGCGCGCCGUAGCAGACCUCUACAAGCUGCCUCAGUCGCCAACAGAACUUAGUCGCAUCGCUCGGCAGGGUUCUGGCUCGGCUUGUCGCUCUCUGAUGGGAGGGUACGUCGCCUGGCGCGCCGGUGAGCUUGCGGACGGAAGCGACAGUCUGGCAGAAGAGGUUGCUCCCCAGGCUCACUGGCCCGAAAUGCGUGCACUUAUCCUGGUUGUGAGUGCGGAGAAGAAGGACGUUCCUAGCACGACGGGUAUGCAAACUACCGUUGCGACAUCAGAGCUUUUCGCAACGCGGGCGAACGCUGUCGUCCCUGCGCGUAUGGCCGCUAUAGAGACAGCUAUUCAGAACCGCGAUUUCCCCGCUUUUGCGGAAAUCACCAUGCGUGAUUCCAAUGGUUUCCAUGCUACCUGCCUUGACUCAUGGCCUCCCAUCUUCUACAUGAAUGAUGUCUCCCGGGCCGCCGUCAGGCUCGUACAUGAUAUCAACAACGCCGUCGGUCGUACAGUGUGCGCGUAUACUUUCGAUGCUGGCCCUAACGCCGUCAUCUACUACCUUGAGAAGGAUUCCAACCUUGUUGCGGGAACUUUCAAGUCUAUUCUUGGCACAGAACUUGAAGGAUGGUCUGGCCCCUUCUAUGAUGCCGUGAAGGACGUCAGCUCGGGUGUAUCUCUCGAACAGGUCGACUCCCGCGCCGUAGACGUGCUCAAGACUGGAUUGAGCCGUGUGAUCCUCACCGGUGUUGGUGAAGGUCCUAUCAGUGUACAGGAUCACCUCGUUGGGGAAAACGGUGAAAUUCUCUCUGAUCAAUAG